CUUGAACCGUUGUGGCCCAAUACCCACCCACUGAAAAAGAACAAGAAACGGGAAAAGGGGAACAAUAAACUGAGACGGAUUCUCAGAGCUCCAAGACUGCAAUCAAAGGUCAGACAAACAUGGGGACGAGAAAAUGUCAAGUUUGUGAGGAGGCGCCGUCAAAGUACAAGUGCCCGACUUGCUUAGUACCCUAUUGUUCGCUAGCCUGUUUCAAGAAACACAAAGAAAUUCCAUGUUCGAAACCGGAGUCUGUGAAUGAAGAAAUUUCUUAUGUUAGUUCGGCAACAAAUGACCCCAAACCGUGUUAUGUUGAUGAGCAGAGUGAAGUGUUGCAAGAGUCCCAACUGCAAUCUAUCGCUUCAUCGAGUGAAAUCCGUGAUUCUUUAAAGGAUGAGAAACUUCGGAGACUAAUAUGCAAAAUUGAUUCCUCAGAAGAUCCCGAGAAUGAGCUCGAGAAAGCAAUGGAGGAGGAAUCAUUUCUCUUAUUUACAGAAAAGAUUUUGUCUACCAUUGGUCCUUGAAGCUCUGGUACCCCUCAUCAGACAUAGAUUCUACAGUUUCCUAGUUUUAGUUAUUUAAGAUAUACACACUCUUUGUAAAAACUAUUACAUGGCAAUAUUUUCUGGGCAUCGACAUUGCCAAAUUUUUCCUUGUGGGCGAUCUUGAUUUUCUGUGUCGGGUAAAUUUGGCUAAGGACCACUCCCCCUCCCUUAUCUUCUACGGUAGUUGGGGAGGUCAAUUCUCAUCACAUAAAGCCUUCCCUUAUCUCUUUUUUGACCACACAAAUACCUCAUCUUUGUUUUCCCUUAUCUUCUACCGUCAAUCUUUUUCAUACUUAUCACUUUCUCAUUCUUUCACUUCUUCUUCCAAAAUCUCUUUCCUAAUUACAGGUUGCUCCUCUAACUCUCUUUUAUUCUUUCUCAAUCACACACUUCCAUAAAUUUGGGUUGCACCAUCUCAAAGAUUUCCCGAGUUGCGACGGGGAGGCAGUGGCCGUGGCCCACGGGUGGGAGACGACGGCUGUUGUUGGUGUCAAUCUGGCUAAUGGGAAGCAGUUGAUAAUUAAUUAAGAGUUUUGAGGUUUUAUUUACCUGAUUUUUUAAUAUCCAUUGCGUAGUUUAGCUAUUUAACCCACACACUUUCUAAAAACUAUUACAUAGCAACAUUCUCCAGAAUACCAAAUUUUGCCUUACGCGCGAUCUUCAUUCUCUGAGUCACGACCUGGCAGAGUCAUAAUCGGCACCCCUUGCACUGUCAUGUUCGGCACAAGUGGCACAGUUGUAUUCUGACCAGUCGUGCUUGGCAGCACAAUGUUCGGCACGCUUGGCACAGUUGCAUUCGGCCCAGCUGGCAUAGUUGGGCCUGUAGUUGGGCUUGGCAACGUAUUAAUCCUCGGCAAGCUUGAAACUGUCAUAUUCGACAUGUCUGGCACUGUCAUAUUCGACAAGUCUGGCAUCGACACAUUCGGGCCAGCCGGGCCUGUAGUUGGAUUUGGCAUCAAUGGGCCUGGCAGCGUCAUAGUUGGCCCGUCUGGCAUUGUAAUAUUCGACAUCUCUGGCACAGUCGCAUUUGGCACGGUUGGGAUUGGCAGCGCAUUAUCCGGCACGCCUGGCAUUGUCAUAUUCGACAAAUCUGGCACUGUCAUAUUUGGCGGCGGCACGUAAGGAAAUGACAUGGCAUGGGCGAGUAUCUACAGAAAUAAAAUCGUUAUAAAUUAUAAAUUUCCCUUUUUUUGUGUUUGAUUUAGUAGCUAAUUUUGACCCUAAUGAAAG